UUCUUCUGGGUGCUGCUGCUGAUCUUCCUGACGGAGCUGCUGCUGGUCCUGGUGGGGAUCGUCUUCGAGAGCAAGAUGAACGAGGUUUUCCACUCCAGCAUCCAGGAGGGAAUCCGGCACUACUACGACGACCUGGACUUCAAAAAUAUCCUGGAUUUUGUGCAGGAAAAGGUUUGGGUGGGAAAAGGGGAAAUUUCCCAAGGAAUUCGCGAUCCCGUGCCCCAUUUCCCCUGG